UUUUUUAUGACAAAUAUAUAUUUUAGUCUGCAUCAUCUGGUGGUACAUUGGCUGGUCGUCGUUUUCUUCGUUCUAUUGCUUAUCUAUGUGCUAAACAAACUAUUCAUUUACCAAUAAUUUUAACAACAAAUGAUCAUUACGAUAGUCCAUCAACAGGACUACGAAAAGCAACGUCAUCUCGUCUUUUAAGAAGUCCAUUAACACCAAUACCAAUUGUUAUUGAAAAAAUCGUAGAAAUACCUAUUGAAGAAAAAUCAAUUGAUAUUCCUGCGGAAUCUGUAUUUAUGUGGAAAAAGAAAACUAAAGAGAAUGAUAUAAAAAAGGAUAUCGUACCUACGAAAAAAAAUAAAUUUGAACGACGUAAAUCACAACGAUGUCUUGAUUUAUCAGCAAUUGAAGAAAAAAGUUUUGAUUCAGGUUCUCAAACAAGUCAUUCAAUAGAUUCAAAUGAAAACAUCUCAUCUGGUUCAAUACGUCAACCACUAGGUGAAAUUCAUAUGAAUUCAUUUGAAAUUGAACAACGGCAACAAAUCGAUAAUGAUAAAAAUUCCAAUCCAAUACCAUUUUCAUUAAUUAGUGAAGGUGAUAAAGAGAAUUUAUCAUUAAUGAAUAAUAAACGAACAACAACAACAUCAACAAAUGCUGAAGAACCACGUAAAAAACAAAAGAAAACAAAUACAAAUGUUUUAGUAGUUGGUCAGAAAAUGAUUACGACUUUUUUUCGUUCAAAAAGUUAA